AUGUUAAUUAAAUCUGGUUCAGGUGUUAUUGCUACUCAUGCUGAUAUUCACCAUUGGAAAAUCAUACCAAGUCAUUUACAAAUAUCAUUAGAUGCUUGGCAUAGACAUACAAGUCCAUCAGAACAACAUAGUCUUGAUAUUGAAUAUUUAAAAGGUAGAAAAACUGAUUUUAGUGGCUCUAAACAUGGAAAAGUUGAUCCAGAAAAUAAUCCACAUGUCGGUAGAAAUCAAUCGGCUGAUGGUGGCGGUCGAGAAAUUGCAGGCCAUGGUAGUAUUGGAGGACCAUAUCGUCUAGAUAGUGGUCAUCAAGUUUAUUAA